UUACACAAAGCAACAUGAACAUUGUAAUCUUUUUAUAUUCAGGUACUUUGUGUCUGCUCUUAAUCCGACGAUCAAGCGGACAGUCAUCCAAUAACCACAAUCAUAACAAUACCAAACUGGAUGUAUUUUUUAAAGACUGCAAAGAAAAAAGUGGAGUUGGUGAAAAAGACUAUGAACGGAUUAAAAUGAGGAAGCUUCCCGAAUCGGACGAAGGUAUCUGCAUGGUAGAGUGCCUUUUUGCUAAACUGCAUAUUAUUGAAAAUGACAAGUUUAACAAACGUGGAUUCGUAUUAAUAUUUACUCCAGCAUUUGCCGGUAAUAUCAAACAACUAAGGAAACUGAGGGAACUUGGGGAUGUAUGCGACAAGGAAAUAUAUCCGGACAAGGACAAUGAAUGCAGCCUAACAGGACAGAUUCUAAACUGUCUGGGAAGAAAUAAAGAUUUGUUAAAUAGCGUUAAACGAAGCUAAUCAACAAGAAUAUAAUGUUAUGCACAUUAAUAUGAAGUUGAAAUUAUGAAGU